GCACACAGCGGUAUCGGUGUCGUGGACGAGCGUCGUCCCGUGUUUCGCGUGCGUCAAUUCCGUAAAUGAGGAUCGCCUCGAUCGUAUAGUACGGAAAUUCGCGAGUGUUGAAUCCGGCGAUGGAUCAUCGCGUGCAGCGGCCGCGAAUCCGAUCUCGGCUUUCGCGAUAUCGGCCCCGCUGACCGCGGCGGAUCGUUGGCCGAUCGAAGCUCCGAGCGUCGCGUCGCGUCGUGUCAAUUCCGAGCUCCUUCAACGGGUCUUAUAUACUCCGGCGUAUCGGAAGUAUCGAAUCCGACGACGGGCGAUCGUCGUGUAGCACAAAUCAACGAGUGCAGCGAUCGCGAAUCUAACCUAUCAUUCAAAAUUCAGUCCCACUUACCGUGCCCCGUUGGCUCGUCCGAAGCUCCGAGCGGCGUCGCUGUGAAGUUGCCCGCGCAUACUUUUGAACUUAAUUCUCUCCGGUAUACUGGGAGCGUCGAAUUCAGCGGACGUGGAGGUCGCCGUGGAGGAACAAUCGCAUUUAGAAUGCCAUGUGGAUCGACUGUGGACUGUCAAGCUAUAAGUGAUAAUAACGCGACUGCGGUCAGCCAUGUGGUGUUGGAGUCUUGGGCUCCGUUUGCAGCGAUGAUGGGAUUAUGAGGCUGAUAAUUAGAAAAAUGUAAUACCAGUCAACAAUAGAAUGGAACAACUAGUAAACUAGUCAACAAUAUACAAACAAACCCUAUCACGUUGCUCGUCUAGUUUCUCCAGAUAUUUCAACUCUAAAUGCUUCAGAUGCUUCAGACACUUUCAUAACUGUGCGACUUAAUGACGGUCACGUAGUGGCAAGAAAUGCGUCGGAAGGAUUUGGUGGACACAACUGAGGCUGUCGUUUGUUCUGAUUCAGAUUCUGCUGUCUACGAUUGCACGGGACAGGUGCAUCGCCAUGUUAGCUUAAACUGGACUGAAGGACGAGUACGCCGCGGAAUACGGAAGGAUGCCAAGGCAAAGGGACCGCAAGAUCAGGUAUCAGUGGAGACACACCCGGAUGCAUACCAAGGAAACGUAUUACAGCAGAAGGAAAAAAAGAGAUACCCGGAAGCGGACAGAAAUGAAGCGACGCAUUGGCUGGUGAGUAUCACAGACGAGAUCCAACCGGCGGAGAAGCGGCUCUUUCGUUACUCGCGUGUGCACAGACUCAAAGAAAUCCAGACGCCCGCGCGAGUCGCGCCAGCCACGGAGGAAAGCCUCGUCGAGACGAUGCACAUUAGCGAGAGUAACAGUUUGAAGUCCGUUACUGUGACCGAAGUGUCUCGAUCGCGGCGAAAGCGAGAGAAUCCCUGCAGGCACGGCCGAUGAAUUCGCGCGAAUAUAUCUCCAACGAUGAUAAUGGAAUCACGUAACCGUCCCUUGGCGUUUUGGCGUCGUUCUCAGCGGUGCGGGAUCCCGCGCAAGUAAGUACCAGACUCCGGUACCACGUGGUCGAAGGAUGCUGGAACGAGUAAUGCGAUCUCGUGAAGCCUCCUCGUAACGCAGUUAGCAUGGUAGGGUCAACUCGCUAGCGACUCUAAUAAUUCGUGCCGCCUGUAAUACGAGCCAGUCUCAUAGGUCGCAGGUACAUCAGUUGUCUCAGGGGUGGUCAAUCUAUUUUGGUAACUGCU